AAACACUGAGCACGUGACUCUGUGAGAGCCUGUAAAAUCCGCGGUGUGCUUCUGUUUUUUCUAAUAAUCCAUGACCAGCGUCUCCUGACCAAACCCCGUCACCAACACACACAAACAACGCUGGACAAGUGAGAAUGGCGAGCAGACGGGCCUCGGUGUCCUCGGCGGAUCUGGAGGCCUGGUUCCCCGCGCCCGGCGGCGGCGAGGAUGCGCCGGAGCUGCGGCGGCUGCGGGAGCGUCUGCGCGGCUGGCUGUCGCAGUGUGAGCCCGCGGUGCUCUGCGCGCAGCGGCUGCUGGUGUGGGAGAGGCCGCUUCACAGCAUCAUCGCCGCGCUGGCGCUCAACACGCUGUUCUGUUUAAUAUUUCCUGAGAAUUUCUUGAACGGGGGCCCAUUCGUUCACUGUCGCUCACUGUUUGCUCCUGUGUUCUCUACAGUGUGGCAUCCUGAGGCGUCUGUCGUUGAGCGAGAAGCGCUGACUGAUCAGCCACGUCUGUUAAGCGUCGAGGAGCUCAGCCACCAUCUCGCCGAGAGUUACCUCACCUUCAGCCUUUGCAUCCAAGAAAUGCUUCAGUACAAACGGCAAAACCACGGCAAGUUCUGCAUCAUGAUGUGUUCAGGAUGUUUCAUCCUGGCCGGGGUUGGACAUUACAUUCCCGGGAUAAUGAUCUCCUACAUCAUAUUGCUGAGUGUGCUGCUGUGGCCGCUGGUGGUUUACCAUGAGCUGAUCCAGAAAAUGUACACCGGACUGGAGCCCAUACUGAUGAAACUCGACUACAGCAUGAAAGGAGACACACAGCACCGCAAAUACGACAAGAGAAAGCUGAAAAAGGAGCAGGAAGAGGGUGAUGAGCCGAGGGCAGAGACAGAGAGCGAGAGCGAGGAGGAGCUGUCAUGUUUCGCCCCUACUGUGGAUGUGAAGACUACGGCUCUGGCGAUGGCCAUCACAGACUCUGAGCUGUCCGAUGAGGAGGCAUCUAUACUGGAGAGUGGAGGAUUCUCUGUGUCCAGAGCCACCACACCACAGCUCACAGACGUCUCUGAAGACCUGGAUCAGCAGAGCGUGCACAGUGAACCAGAGGAGGCGUUUUCUAGAGACCUAGCAGAGUUCCCGUCGGUGGACGAGCUGCCUUCUAUUGAACCGGGUCUGUUCCAUUUCCCGCUGGGCGUUCUCGGGUCUGAGCAGACAGGAGCGUCCGGAUCCGAGCUCCAGGAGGAGCCGCUGUCUCCGGCCAGCCUCCUCAUCCAGCACUUAGCAUCUCCGCUCCACUUUGUCAACACGCACUUCAAUGGACACGGACAAGCGGUGGGGGCGGACCAAAGCAUUGUGGGUACUGAAAAAGAGGGAGGGGGAUCGGCUGCCGGCGUUUCGAGACCCGCUCGGUCCCUGGAAGCCCUCAGCGAGGAGAUAGUGAGCACGGCCAUCUCUACCGUAGUACAGAACACUCUCUCAGCCCUGUUGCGGUCUAGCGAGGCCAGCGAGGGCUCGUCAAUGGCUUCGUUUCUUCCCACCGAAACGCCUCCUUGCCCGAUGGAAACGCCCCUCGAGUCGCCUUCCACCCUGGAAGCCAGCGCAGAAGAAGAGGACGUCGACGUCGCAAGCACCGAAGAGCAACCGGAUGUCACGCUCGUACCCACCGAGGAAGAGGACUUUGAGCUUCUGGACCAAAGCGAACUGGAACAAAUGGAUGAGGGGUUGGGCCUUGGCGUUGAUAGACAGGAAGUGGGUGGGGCUUCCACAGACACACCCCCAAGCAGUCAGCAGCACGCAGACCAGCAGGAUUCCUAGCUUCAUGUCAUCUAAACUGUUUAUUUUAUUUAUAGUCCUUGUAGAUACCAUAUACUGACACAAACGAUUCGUGAAAGGGAAUUUUGCGGUCAGCUAUGCCUUUAUUUAGUUGUUUUCGGGAGUGAGAUCACUGUGAUUGUUGGUGGGCUUUUGUUUCCUGAGCAGGUGAAUGUCCAAAACGUAAAACGUUUGACGCAAAUCCUUAAUGCGACGGUAAUUAGUUUUAUUUUAGUUUUUUUUGACA